AUGGUGAGGUCGGAUCUUUUUCGUCUUAAAUCAAUGUGGGGGAAUUAUUCUUUUAAUUAUGUUGAAGCUCAUGCUAAUGGCAGAUCUGGUGGGGUCCUUUCAUUGUGGGAUCCUUCUUCUUUUGUUAAGUCUUAUACUUACUCUUUUGACAAUUUUAUCGUAGUUAAAGGGACUUGGAUGGUCAACAACUGUAACUGUUAUAUGGUCAAUGUGUAUGCCCCUCAGUCGGAGAGUGAUAAACUUGAUCUUUGGGCUCAAAUUUGUGGAUUUAUGCAAGCACAUGAGGGAAAGUACCUUAUAUGUGGAGACUUUAACUCGGUUAGAUGUAGAGACGAUAGAAUGGGUUCGUUGUUUUCGGCGAUGAAUGCAAGAAAUUUUAAUGAAUUUAUAGAUAAUGGCAAGUUGAUUGAUGUUGCUAUGGGAAGGCAUAAAUUCACUAGAUUAUCCUUGGAUGGUCUUAAAGGCAGCCGUAUUGAUAGAUUUUUAGUGAAUCAAGAAUUCUUAGACUCUUUUAAUGAUAUUACUAUGGAAGCUUUAGACGACAUGAUUUCCGAUCAUCGACCACUUCUUCUAAAGCAACAACAUGUCGAUUUUGGUCCAACCCCUUUUAAAUUCUAUAAUUCUUGGAUGAAUUUAGAAGAUUUUGAAGGGGUUCUUAAAGAUAGCUGGAACAAGGCUGAUGGAAAGGUGACACACAGUGCUUUUGUGAGAUUAAAAAAUAAACUCAAAUUGCUGAAAACGGAUGUGAAAAUUUGGCGAAAGGAGAAGAAUACAAUCAGAAAUAGUGAUCAUAUCAACAAGGAUAUUGCUGAUCUCGACCAGAGAAUGAUUUCCAAUGGUAGUGAUUCCGGGCUUGCUGAUCAAAGAAAAAAUGUUGUUGUUAGAGCUACAGGAGUACAACAGUUGACUUAA